AUGCAACCGAAUGCCAUAAGUAGCUCAGACGCAACGCACAAGUUGUGCGGUGUCAUAGUCCCGGAGCUUCGAGAAAUGAUGCGAUUACAUGGCCUCGAAGCGAUGCUUAAAGGAUGUGAAGACCCCUUUCCGAAACGUGAUAUGUUUUCGCCACACUUACCUACAGUCGACUGUUAUGAAGACUGCUUCAAAUGGCUUUACAUUGACUAUCAACAAAAGCACCAAUUGAUACGAGGUUGUUCUUCCCAGCUCAUUCUCAAGAUUGACCGUCACCUGAUAUGCAUGUACGAAUCGAAGGGGCGCGGAGGGUACAUUUGUUUCUGCUCAGCAGAGAAAUGCAAUCCUGGAGGUGUUGCCGAGACCUCGCCACGUGCGAUGGCGCUAAUUUUCGCCGCGACUCUGAUGUUGCUCCACGGACGUCCACCUACAAGGGAGGGCCUGCUCCAUCGUCAUGGCGGCGGUCAAGAGGGAAGCCUUAUCCACCCAAUGACCGCCUUACAAUUCAUGGGGCGUGAUGAAUACAGUAAUCGCUGUCAUGACGACGAUAAAUACAACUGA